UUUCCGUGUAUUCCGCCCUGCUCCCUCUCCUGUCAAUCAAAUCUAUUACGUAGGUCUUGUUAAUGCUGCAUAGCGACUGAGAAUAGCUUGAGAAGUGACCGCAGGUUGGCUGUGACUGCAGCCAGGACAGAAGAAGAUGCCUUCUCCAUCUUUUACCCUGGAUGCUCAGCUGAGAUUUCAUGACAAAUGGCUGAAGAUAGACCUACAGCGAGCAUUCUCUGCAGAGGGACUGAGUGAGAUGUGGAACGAAAUGGUAAAAGAUGAGGAGAUAACGAUUACCAGAGACGUUCCGGCUCACACAGAAGACUGCACUGAUUGUUUUGGAGCUCAGAAGAAGGACGAGCCCAAUGAUAAAGAGAAGAAGGAGGAGGAAGACAUGUCAACAUUUGCACAUCACUCCAUCAUGGAGACCUGGGACUGGGGCCGUCAGCCAGAUGAGACAGAGAUGAAAGACUGUCUGAUGGUGCUUAUUGAGGACCAGCAGAAGCUUUCGGCUCAGAUGGCCAAAAGCACCCUGUCUGCUCGGCGCCUACGCCAGCGUCUGGUCAUUCUGGAGCGCUACCUCAUCUCCCUCAGCCACAACAUGAUGGAGGAAAAGUACAAAGUCCGCUGGAAGACACCCCCCAGCCAACCCCUGCCUGCUGCUAACAACAAAAGCCCUCGUCCAGCCAGUAAAAGUGUUGAAGGUUUGGCCAGAGUUGGCUCCCGGGCAGCGCUCUCUUUUGCCUUUGCUUUCCUGCGUCGGGCAUGGAGGUCAGGAGAUGAUGCAGACCUUUGCAGUGAACUUCUCCAGGAGUCUCUGGAUGCUCUGCGAGCACUGCCUGAGGCAACGCUUUUUGAUGAAGGAACUGUGUCAUCAGUGUGGCUGGAAGUUGUUGAGAGGGCAACAAAAUUCUUAAGUGAUGUACAUGGAACUGCCAGCACCAAAGGUAACAUUCCUCUUCAAGACCAGCACCUUGCUCUGGCCAUCCUGCUGGAACUGGCUGUCCAGAGGGGCACUCUGAGUCAGCUGCUUUCAGCUGUUCUGUUACUGUUGCGUCUGUGGGAUAACAGCGCCAGAGAGAUGGACAACGAACGCUCCUCACAGGGGACCAGUGCUCCUCUUCUGCCCCUCCUGCAGCGUUUUCAAAACAUACACUGCAGCAAGGAGGAGACUGUUUUGGAAGAAGAUGCUGAGAUCGUCACUUCUCCCCUCAGUCCUGUUGAGAGUUUUCUGCGCUAUUUGACGUUGCCUCAGGACAACGACCUGGCCAUUGACCUUCAACAAACGGCUGUGGUGAUCAUGGCUCACCUGGACCGCUUAGCUUCUCCCUACAGUCCACCGCACUGUAACUCCCCGUCCUCACACAAGGGGACCUUACAGGAAGUGAUGGCGUGGGGCCUUUUAGGUUGGAAACUCUAUGCCAACGUCAAUGGACCCAUUCAGUGUAAAGCCCUGUCGAGCCUUGGGAUCACGCAAAUCGUUUGUUCUGAAAAAGGCUUUCUCAUCCUAUCCAGCAGCGGUGCUGUUUACACUCAGAACUACAAGAGCACAGCCCUGGCUCCUAUGCUUGUUUACGGUCUGAGCUCCAGAAAGAUUCUGAAGCUUGCGGCUCAUCCUGAUGGGCAGCACUACCUGGCCCUGUCAUCCAAUGGGGAAGUGUUCUCAUGGGGCUGUGGUGACGGGGGCCGCCUUGGACAUGGAGACACCAGUUAUCUUGAAGAGCCUACAAUGAUUGCAGCCUUCAGUGGGAAACAGAAUGGAAAGCAUGUGGUGCAUGUUGCGUGUGGGAGCACAUACAGCGCUGCUAUCACAUCUGAUGGAGAGCUCUUCACAUGGGGCAGAGGGAACUAUGGUCGACUGGGUCAUGGCUCUAGUGAGGACCAAACUAUACCAAUGCUAGUAAUAGCUCUGAAAGGACACAAAGUGGUGGAUGUGGCAUGUGGAAGCGGGGAUGCCCAAACGCUUGCUGUGACUGAAAACGGCCAAGUUUGGUCCUGGGGAGAUGGAGAUUACGGCAAACUGGGCCGAGGAGGCAGCGAUGGAUGCAAGACACCCAAGCUAGUGGAGAAGUUGCAGGACCUGGAUAUAGUGAAGGUGUGUUGUGGCAGUCAGUUUUCAGUAGCCCUCACUAAAGAUGGUCAAGUGUACACCUGGGGAAAGGGAGACAACCAACGUCUUGGUCACGGCACUGAUGAACAUGUUCGCUAUCCAAAGCUACUUGACAGUUUGCAAGGAAAGAAAGUUGUGGAUGUUGCAGUUGGAUCCACGCAUUGUCUAGCCCUCACAAAUGAUGGAGAAGUGCACAGUUGGGGCAGCAAUGAUAAGCUACAACACUUUGAUACACUUUUUUCCAACAAGAAACAGCCCAAGGCACUCCCAGGGCUCAACUCCAAACACAUAGUGGGGAUCUCCUGUGGACCAGGACAAAGCUUUGCCUGGUCCUCAUGUUCAGAAUGGUCUGUUGGGCUACGUGUGCCUUUUGUGGUAGAUGUUUGUUCUAUGACCUUCGAACAGUUGGACCUCCUCCUACGGCAGGUUAGCGAGGGUAUGGAUGGCAGCUCUGACUGGCCUCCACCUCAAGAGAAGGAGUGUAUGGUGGUCACCACACUGAAUCUGCUUAGGCUCCAGGAUAUUGAAGCUAAAGAGGCAGCUCAGAAAGAGAAGGAGAUUGAUGAGCAGGAAGCCAAUGCCUCCUCCAUGCAUCGUUGCCGCACCAUGCUCGACAAAGACCUCAUUAACACAGGCAUUUACGAGUCAACAGGGAACCAAAGCCUGCCCUUGGUGCAGCUUGUACAGCAGCUUUUAAGAAAUAUCGCCUCUCAGACCAUAGCAAGAUUAAAGGAUGUUGCGCGCCGCAUCUCCAACUACUUAGAGGCUGAACAUGUCAGCAAGGAGCGCUCUGCAUCUCUGGAUCUGCUCCUGCGUUUCCAGAGGCUGCUGGUCAGCAAGCUAUACCUGGGUGUUAACAGCACAGAGGAUGUUAAUGGAUAUGAUCCUGAGCUUUUUGGUGUUGGCUCCUUGCUAAAAAAGUAUAUCGCCUUCUUGUGCACUCACAUUGGAGAUAUUCUCCCUGUGGCAACAAGUAUUGCAUCCACCGGUCGCAGACAUUUUGCUGAAGUUUCUCGUGUUAUUGAAGGAGAUCUCACUGGAGUCCUUCUUCCAGAGCUGGUGGUGUCUAUCAUCCUCCUCCUUACCAUUGAUGCUAAACUGAUGCAGGAGACUGGUUCUAUCCCUCUGCUGGCUGGACUCCUAGAGCACUUGGACCGUUUCAACCACUUGGCCCCAGGACAUGAGAGGGAUGAUCAUGAGGACUUGGCCUGGCCAGGCAUUAUGGGGUCUUUCUUCACAGGGCAGAAUUCUAAGAACAACGACGAGAUUUCACUUGUACGUAAGGCUGACCUGGAGAAUCAUAACAAAGAUGGUGGCUUCUGGACAGUAAUUGAGGGAAAGGUCUAUGACAUUAAAGACUUCCAGGCUCAAUCCCAGUCGCUAACAGGGAACAGCAUUUUAGCUCAGUUUGCAGGAGAGGACCCUGUGGUUGCUCUGGAAGCUGCCCUACAGUUUGAAGACACAAGGGAAUCUAUGCAGGCUUUCUGUGUUGGACAAUAUAUGGAGCCCAACCAGGAGACAGUCACUACUCCAGAUCUUGGCAGUUUGUCUUCUCCUCUUAUUGACACUGAGCGGAACUUGGGUCUGCUGCUGGGUCUUCAUGCCUCCUACCUUGCCAAGAGCACUCCACUGUCAACUAUGGAAACUGAAUGUGCCAAAUGGCUCCAGUCCUCCAUAUUUUCUGGUGGCCUUCAGACCAGUCAGAUCCACUACAACUACAAUGAGGAGAAGGAUGAAGACCACUGCAGCUCCCUGGGUACAACCACUCCUGAAAAGGCCAAACUUUACUCCCACAGGAUAACCCUAAGCGACCACGCUCAGCCUUUCCUGCAGGCCGUUGCCGACAACACCACUCAGGACCACACUGUGAAGGACUUUUUAUGCCAAAUAGAACGAAGCUGUAAGCAGUAUCAUCUUAUUACACCCAUCACCUUUCCACCGGAGCAUCCUGUUGAAGAAGUUGGCCGCCUGCUGCUCUGCUGCCUGCUCAAACAUCAAGACUUGGGUCACGUUGCCCUUUCACUUGUCAGUCAGUGUGCCUUGGGCGUGGACCAAGGAAAACAAAGGUCCCUUCCUAAAUCUGUGAUUGACGUAUGCCGCAUGGUCUAUCAGGCUAAAUGUUCUCUAAUCAAGACUCAUCAGGAACAAGGACGCUCCUAUAAAGAAGUGUGUGCCCCCGUUAUCGAGCGCCUACGUUUUUUGUUUCAUGAGUUGCGUCCAGCUGUGAGCAACGACCUGUCAAUUGUGUCCAAACUGAAGCUGCUGAGCUCUCAACCUCGAUGGAGAAGGAUCACACAGAAACUUAUCCGGGAUCGAAGGAAAAAAAGAGUGCCAAAGAAGUCAGAAUCUGCUGAUAUUGAAGAGCCAAAGCUGGAGAAUGAGGGGACCAAUGAAGAAGAGCAUAAUGUUCACAUCAGCCCCACUCCUGCAGACAGGAAAUCACCCACUGGGAAGACAUCCAAGCAGGACAAGUGGCAGCCUCUUUUAAACACAGUAGCAAAUGUCCAGAGAUACCGGUGGUUGAAACACAGUGUUCCUGGGGCUUUUUCUAAGUGCAGCCUCAUGGGUACCAUAGUAGAAUUUGCACUUAAAGAGGAACCGCUUGAUGUGGAAAAGAUGAGGAAGUGUCUUCUUAAGCAGUUGGAAAGGGCUGAAGUGAGGCUUGACGGCAUUGACACCAUGUUGAAGUUGGCCUCUAAAGGCUUCCUGCUACCAUCUGUGCAGUAUGCAAUGCUCUGUGGCUGGCAAAGGGUCAUACCUGAAGGGACCAACAUUGGAGAGCCCUUGUCUGACUGCCUUAAGGAUGUAGAUCUGAUCCCUCCCUUCAAUCGACUUCUUUUGGAAGUGACAUUUGGGAAGUUGUAUUCUUGGUCUAUCCAGAAUGUUCGCAAAAUCCUUCUAGAAUCAAGCGCCCGGUUCAAAGAACUAGGUGUGCAGCCUGUCCCCUUACAGACCAUAACCAAUGAGAACCCAGCAGGACCAAGUCUUGGCACCAUUCCACAAGCCCGCUUCCUUCUGUCCAUGAUACAUAUGCUGUCACUGAAACACGGGUCUAAUAGCCUUAGUCUCCUGCUUAAUUCUGGCCUUUUGGCCCUCACACAGAGUUUACUCAAGCUCAUAGGACCCAGCACGGACAGCAGUGAGGAGGACCUCAGUUCAUGUGUACAUGGAGGCUCAGCCACAGUGCUGGAAGAAUCCCGAAAGGAGGCGGCUCCCACUCUUUUACCUGCUUCUGGUCCAGAGCUGGCUUCCAUGAUGAAGAUUGGCACCAGAGUCAUGAGGGGAGUUGACUGGAAAUGGGGAGAUCAGGAUGGUCCAGCACCAGGUCUGGGCCGAGUCAUUGGAGAGCUGGGUGAGGAUGGAUGGAUCAGAGUUCAAUGGGACACGAGCAGCACCAACUCAUACAGGAUGGGCAAGGAGGGCAAAUAUGACCUGAAACUUGCAGAGCCGCCUCCAGCUGCCCAGCCCACAGCUGAAGACUCAGACACUGAGGAUGACACAGAAGGUGAGCUGAUUGAGAAAAGCAGCCACCCAACCGCAAUGAUGCUCAUCAGCACAGUCAAUUUGUUGAAGAUGCUCGCUUUAUCUGCUGGGAUCUAUGCAGAUGUUUUGCAAACGGACGCUUUGCGAACUUUGUGUGGACUAUUGAGGAUGCUUGUGGAAAGUGGAGUGAACGACAAGACAAGUUGUCAUUCUCACAGAUUGGUGUCUCGGGAGCAGCACAGGAACUGGUGUACUCUGGGCUUCAUUCGCAGCAUUGCUCUUUUGCCACAGAUGUGCAGCACUCUUAGCACCUCUGCUUGGAUUGGCCUGCUUCUCCGAAUAGUAGAGGGGUACCAGUCCUUCAAUGCCGUUACUCUGCAGAGACAGAUCCUGGCUCUGCGCCUCCUGCAGGCAGUCCUGCCUUCAUGGGACAAGACUGAGCGCUCUCAGGACAUGAAGUUCCUGGUAGAGAAGUUGUUUGGUUUCCUGGGAAGCCUUCUAAGCACCUGCUCAUCAGAUCUGCCACUACUCCGAGAGGGUUGCGUGAGGAGGAGAAAGUCUCGCCCACAGGCGUCUCUGACAGCCACUCACAGCAGCACGCUGGCAGAGGAGAUUGUUACUGUCCUGCGUACUCUUCACUUCCUCAGUCAGUGGAAAGGUCUAAUAAACGAUUACAUCAACACUCAGCUCAGCUCCAUUGGAGAUAUUAUGACUGGCUGCCAGUUUGAAGCUUGUAUCUUGGAGGAGUAUUUUCCUGACCCAGAGGGUCCCAGAGUCUGCAGUCUGAUGGCAGUUCUGGCUGUGAUCGGCGGGAUUGAUGGGCGCCUCAGGCUGGGGGGGCAGGUCAUUCACGAGGAGUACGGAGAAGGAACCGUCACACGCAUUACCCCAAAAGGACGCAUCACUGUCCAGUUUUAUGAGAUGAGAACCUGCAGGGUUUGCUUGCUCAGCCAUCUCAAACCGCUUCCUGGUGUCUUGCUGAAUGUGCAGAACUUGCCUCUCAAUGAGCCCAUGUUGGCAGUUUGGGCUCAGUUGGUCAAUUUAGCUGGAAGCAAAGUAGAGAAACAACGUAUGAAGAGGUCUCUCAGUCGAGGGUUAGCAGCUGACCAGGUGGACAUCCAUUUGCUGCGUUGUCAACAGCUAAGACUUUACAUUUUGAAGGCAGGACGGGCGCUGCUGUCUCAUCAGGACAGACUCAGGCAGAUCCUCUCCCAGCCAGCAGUUGCAGACAUCGGACCCCACCCCAGCGAUGACCCAGUGGUGUCUUUUCCUGAUGCUGGAGACUUGUCUCCUGAGGGUCCACUGCCCCCCUUGCUCCUCCUGCAGCAGCUACUUUCUGCAGCCACUCAGCCCUCCCCCAUCAAAGCUAUUUUUGACAGGCGUGAGAUGGAGGCAGCAGCUCUGGCAGUGUGUCAGUUCCUGGCUGUGGAAUCUACCCACCCGUCCUCUCCACUGUUUGAAGAGAGCAGCUCCAGUGAGGCCACCACGCCUGUCACCAUACAACAUGUCAAACCGCCCAAGCAGAAGAAACAGAAGACCUCCCCUGUACCCCCAUUACCCAUAGUCCUCCAGCUCAUGGAAAUGGGCUUCCCAAGGAAGAAUAUUGAAUUUGCUUUGAAGUCGUUGUGUGGUACAACAGGCAGUGCAUCUGGUGUACCAGGUGUUGAAGCUCUGGUAAGCUGGCUGCUCGACCAUCCAGACAUUCACUUCACGGAGCUAUCAGACGCUGACACUGUGUCUGAUGAAUACUCAGAUGAGGAGGUGCUGGAGGAACUGGAGGAGGCAGAGCCAACUUUUUCUGUGUCCUCAGGAGCCGUGGUGACUGAGAGUCAGACAUUUAAGAAGAGGUCAGAUUUCCAAAGCAAUGACGAUUAUGCUGUGUAUGUGAGAGAAAACAUUCAGGUGGGAAUGAUGGUAAAGUGCUGCAGAACGUACGAGGAAGUGUAUGAUGGAGAUGUUGGGAAAGUGAUUAAGCUGGACAGGGAUGGACUUCAUGAUUUAAAUGUUCAGUGUGACUGGCAGCAAAAAGGAGGAACGUACUGGGUUCGCUACAUCCACAUUGAGCUAACUGGAUUCCCACUACAAAGUUCUCCUUCUCAUAUAAAGAUUGGUGAUAAAGUGAGGGUAAAGCCCACCGUCACAACUCCAAAGUACAAGUGGGGCUCAGUCACACACAGGAGUGUUGGAGUAGUGAAAGCUUUCAGUGCCAAUGGGAAGGAUGUGAUUGUUGACUUCCCCCAGCAGUCCCACUGGACUGGAUUAUUGUCUGAGAUGGAACUGGUACCCAGUGUUCAUCCAGGAGUCAGGUGUGAUGGUUGUCAGAUGUUUCCUAUUAAUGGCCCAAGAUUCAAGUGCAAAAACUGUGAUGAUUUUGACUUCUGUGAAAACUGCUUCAAGACACGCAAACACAACACCAGACAUUCCUUUGGUCGAAUCAAUGAGCCUGGCCAGUCUCCAGCUUUUUGUGGCCGUUCAGGCAAACUGCUCAAGAAGCAUCACAACAGCCAGCGUGGGAUGCUGAUCGAUGAUUGGUCUCGUGCAGUCAAGGGCCUAAAUGUGUCAUCGUCUGUCAACCAGGCAUCCCGCCUCAUUGACUGCAGUGAUCAGUGCUGGCAGUCUUCUGGCUCACAGGGAAAGCACUGGAUUCGUCUUGAGCUUUUUCCAGACGUUCUUGUGCACAGGCUGAAGAUGGCUGUGGACCCAUCAGACAGCAGCUACAUGCCCUCACUUGUUGUAGUAUCUGGUGGAAGCUCUUUGAACAACUUAAUUGAACUCAAGACAAUUACCAUCAAUCCCACAGACACUACAGUUCUUCUCCUUACUGAGUGUACUGAGUUUCAUAGAUACAUUGAGGUUGCAAUCAAGCAGUGUCGCAGCUCUGGUAUAGACUGCAAGAUUCACGGACUUCGUAUUGUGGGGCGCAUCAGAGCAGAGGAUGAAGAUUUGGCUACUGUUCCUUUCUUAGCAUCUGACAAUGAAGAAGAUGAUGAUGAGAAAACCACAGCUGGGAGUCUUGCUCGUAAGAAGUCAGCAGGAUUGGAGUCAGCAGCUGUCAUCAGGACCAAAGUGUUUGUUUGGGGUCUGAAUGACAAAGAUCAGCUUGGAGGACUCAAAGGCUCGAAGAUUAAAGUUCCUUCCUUCUCUGAAACACUUUCUGCACUCAGUGUGGUGCAAGUGGCUGGUGGUUCCAAGAGUCUCUUUGCAGUGACUGUGGAGGGAAAGAUUUACGCUUGUGGAGAGGCCACCAACGGCAGGUUAGGUCUGGGCCUGUCUAGUGGGACCAUCCCAAUCCCUCGUCAGAUCACUGCACUCAGUAACUACGUGGUAAAGAAGGUGGCUGUGCACUCUGGUGGACGCCACGCCAUGGCCCUUACUGUCGAUGGGAAGGUCUUUUCCUGGGGCGAAGGAGACGAUGGCAAACUGGGGCACUUCAGUAGAAUGAACUGUGAUAAACCUCGGCUGAUCGAGGCAUUGAAGAGCAAGCGUAUCCGUGACAUCGCCUGUGGCAGCUCUCACAGUGCUGCAAUCACCUCCAGCGGGGAACUCUACAGCUGGGGUUUAGGUGAAUAUGGCCGCCUUGGACAUGGAGACAACACCACUCAGCUGAGGCCUAAACUGGUUAAAAUGCUUCUGGGGCACCGAGUUAUCCAGGUAGCUUGUGGCAGCAGGGACGCUCAAACUCUAGCUCUCACUGAUGAAGGAUUGGUGUUUUCUUGGGGUGAUGGGGACUUUGGAAAGCUUGGCCGGGGUGGCAGUGAGGGCUGUAACAUUCCUCAGAACAUAGAGAGACUUAAUGGACAAAGUGUCUGUCAAAUUGAGUGUGGAGCUCAAUUUUCCCUGGCUUUGACUAAAUCUGGCAUCGUUUGGACCUGGGGUAAAGGUGACUAUUUUCGACUGGGCCACGGCACUGAUGUUCAUGUUCGAAAGCCACAGAUGGUGGAAGGAUUGAGAGGGAAAAAGAUUGUCCAUGUUGCUGUUGGAGCCCUACACUGUCUGGCUGUCACAGAAACAGGACAGGUGUAUGCAUGGGGGGACAAUGACCAUGGGCAGCAGGGCAAUGGCACCACCACAGUGAACAGGAAACCUACCUUGGUUCAGGGUCUGGAGGGACAGAAGAUCACUCGGGUGGCAUGUGGCUCCUCACACAGCGUGGCCUGGACUACUGUGGAUGUGACCACACCUUCAGUUCAUGAGCCAGUCCUUUUCCAGACAGCCAGAGACUCCCUUGGAGCUUCAUACUUAGGUGUCCAGUCAGACAGCGACUCCUCAUCAGUGAGCAACAAGAUGAGUGGUCAGAACAGCGUGAAGCCAAAUCGGCCCUCUCUGGCUAAAAUUCUCCUUAGUCUGGAUGGAAACCUGGCCAAACAGCAGGCUCUGUCUCACAUCCUGUCAGCUCUCCAAAUCAUGUAUGCAAGGGAUGCGGUGGUUGGUGCUCUGAUGCCUGCCAGCAUGAUUUUACCAGCAGAGUGUCCUCCCAGCUCACCUGUUCCCCCGUUAGACUCUUCAUCUUCAUCCAGCGUGAGUGAUGAAGAAGGCCCUCCUGUCCCUCCUGAAACUGAAGAACGGGUCAGCCCUAAUCCCUGGCAAGACAAGAAGGGAGAGGCACCUUCGUCAGAAGAUGCAGUCACGCCAUCUUCAGCCGUGACUCCUUCAGCCUGUGGAGCCUCCUCACGUCCUUUCAUCCCCGUCACUGAUGACCCUGGAGCAGCUAGCAUCAUAGCUGAAACCAUGACAAAAACAAAAGAAGACUCAGAAAGCCAGAGUAAAGUUGUUGGUCCAGAGCCUCAGUACCUGGAUGAGUUCACAAGUCUGCUUGUGCCUGAUGAUACUCGAGUAAUGGUGGACCUGCUGAAGCUGGCAGUGUCUUGUCGCUCUGGGGACAAAGGCAAGGAGGUGCUGUCUUCUGUGCUAUCAGGCAUGGGUACAGCAUACCCACAGGUUGCUGACAUGCUGUUGGAGUUGUGUGUCACUGAAUUGGAAGACGUUGCCACAGAUUCACAGAGUGGUAGGCUGUCCUCCCAGCCAGCAGUUGUAGAGAGCAGCCAUCCUUACACUGAUGACACAUCUACCAGCGGCACCGUGAAGAUCCCAGGUGCUGAGGGUUUAAGGAUAGAGUUUGACCGGCAGUGUUCAACUGAGAGGCGCCACGACCCACUAACAAUCAUGGAUGAAGCCAACAGGGUUGUCUCUGUCCGAUCAGGUCGAGAGUGGUCCGAUUGGUCCAGUGAGUUAAGGAUCCCAGGAGAUGAGCUCAAAUGGAAGUUUACAAGUGAUGGUUCAGUUAAUGGUUGGGGUUGGCGCUUCACCGUUUACCCCAUCAUGCCUGCAGCUGGCCCCAAAGACUUGCUAUCUGAUCGCUGUAUCUUGUCCUGCCCCUCCAUGGACUUGGUCACAUGCCUCUUGGAUUUCAGGCUGAACUUUGCAUCCAACAGGAGCAUUGUGCCUCGCCUAGCUGCUUCUCUUGCUGCUUGUGCCCAGCUCAGUGCAUUAGCUGCUGGACACAGAAUGUGGGCCUUGCAGAGGCUCCGCAAGCUUCUGACCACAGAGUAUGGGCAGUCCAUCAAUAUAAACAGGCUGCUAGGAGACAGCGAAGGAGAGGCUCGGUCCAUUAGUUUUACAGGCAGUGCUCUGGCUGCUCUUGUAAAAGGACUUCCUGAGGCUUUGCAGAGGCAGUAUGAGUAUGAGGACCCCAUAGUCAGAGGAGGCAAGCAGCUGCUUCACAGUCCAUUUUUCAAGGUCUUGGUUGCUCUAGCUUGUGACCUGGAGCUCGAUACAUUACCCUGCUGUGCUGAGACACAUAAGUGGGCCUGGUUCCGUCGAUACUGCACAGCCUCCAGGGUGGCGGUGGCCUUUGAUAAGAGAACCUCCCUAACACGAAUCUUCCUAGAUGAGGUUACUAAGAAAAUAUGUGAGCUCAUGGCAGAUCACGAAAGCAUGAAUGGACUACAUGAAAGCCAUGACUUGUUCAAGCGUGAGCACGAUGAGCAGCUUGUCCAGUGGAUGAACCGACGCCCAGAUGACUGGACGCUCUCUGCUGGAGGGAGUGGUACUAUCUACGGUUGGGGCCACAACCACAGGGGGCAGCUGGGGGGUAUAGAGGGGGCAAAAGUCAAAGUUCCUACACCCACUGAAGCUCUCGCCACACUGAGACCAGUACAGCUUAUCGGAGGAGAACAAACUCUGUUUGCCGUCACUGCUGAUGGAAAGCUGUAUGCAACUGGAUAUGGAGCAGGGGGCAGGCUGGGUAUUGGUGGAACAGAGUCUGUGUCCACUCCAACUUUACUGGAGUCCAUCCAGCAUGUCUUUAUCAGGAAGGUGGCGGUGAACUCAGGAGGGAAGCACUGCCUGGCCCUUUCCUCUGAGGGAGAAGUUUACUCCUGGGGAGAGGCUGAGGAUGGCAAACUAGGUCAUGGAAACAGAAGCCCUUGUGACCGUCCUCGUGUAAUUGAGUCCCUGAGGGGAAUAGAAGUGGUGGAUAUUGCAGCUGGAGGUGCUCACAGUGCCUGCAUCACAGCCAGCGGUGAGCUCUUCACCUGGGGCAAAGGUCGUUAUGGAAGGCUGGGCCACGGAGACAGCGAGGACCAACUUAAACCAAAACUAGUGGAUGCACUGCAGGGUCACAGGGUGAUAGAUGUUGCCUGUGGCAGUGGAGAUGCUCAGACACUGUGUCUCACUGAUGAUGAUAUGGUCUGGUCUUGGGGAGAUGGAGACUAUGGAAAAUUAGGCAGAGGAGGCAGUGAUGGGUGUAAAAUUCCCAUGAAGAUUGACUCUCUCACUGGCCUUGGAGUGGUGAAAGUGGAGUGUGGCUCUCAGUUCUCUGUGGCGCUGACUAAAUCUGGGGCAGUCUACACAUGGGGCAAAGGAGAUUACCAUCGACUGGGUCAUGGCUCUGAUGACCAUGUGCGACGACCCAGGCAGGUUCAGGGUCUACAAGGAAAAAAAGUAAUCGCCAUUGCCACAGGGUCUCUGCACUGUGUUUGCUGCACAGAAGAUGGAGAAGUGUACACUUGGGGUGACAAUGAUGAAGGCCAGCUGGGAGAUGGGACCACUAAUGCCAUCCAGAGGCCGCGGCUAGUGGCUGCGCUGCAGGGCAAAAAAAUCAACCGAGUGGCCUGUGGCUCUGCUCACACUCUCUCCUGGUCCACCAGCAAGCCCACUAAUGCUGGGAAACUGCCUGCGCAGGUUCCUAUGGAAUACAACCAUUUGCAGGAGAUCCCCAUCAUGGCUCUGAGGAAUAGGUUGCUGCUGCUGCAUCAUUUCUCUGAGCUUUUCUGCCCAUGCAUCCCCAUGUUUGACCUGGAGGGUCGGCUGGAUCAGGCAGGCCACGGCCCAUCAGUUGGCUUCGACACGCUCAGGGGCAUCCUUAUCUCACAGGGCAAGGAAGCAGCUUUUAGGAAGGUGGUUCAAGCUACAAUGGUAAGAGACAGACAGCAUGGACCAGUUGUGGAGCUGAACAGAAUACAGGUAAAGCGUUCCCGUAGCAAAGGAGGUCUUGCAGGUCCUGACGGAACAAAGUCUGUGUUUGGUCAGAUGUGUGCCAAAAUGAGUUCAUUCAGCCCAGACAACCUGCUGCUUCCUCAUCGUGUAUGGAAGGUUAAGUUUGUAGGUGAGUCUGUAGACGACUGUGGUGGAGGCUACAGUGAGUCCAUCGCUGAAAUGUGCGAAGAGCUGCAAAACUCUCUGACACCACUGCUCAUAGUCACUCCCAAUGGCCGUGAUGAGUCGGGGGCCAACAGGGAUUGUUUCCUGCUUAACCCUGCUGCCAAGUCCUCUCUUCACAUGAGCAUGUUUCGCUUCUUAGGAGUCCUCCUGGGAAUUGCAAUCCGAACUGGAAGCCCCCUCAGCCUAAAUCUGGCAGAGCCUGUAUGGAAGCAGCUGGCAGGCAUGAACCUGACCAUUGCUGACCUCAGUGAGGUUGAUAAGGAUUUUAUUCCUGGCUUGAUGUACAUCCGGGACAACGAAGCUACAUCUGAAGAGUUUGAGGGCAUGACCCUGCCUUUCACUGUGCCCAAUGCCAGUGGCCAGGACAUCCAGCUCAGCUCCAAAUACUCCCACAUUACCCUGGAAAACCGAGCAGAAUAUGUCCGCCUGGCCAUUAAUUACAGACUCCAUGAAUUUGAUGAGCAGGUGUCUGCUGUGCGUGAAGGGAUGGCUCGAGUAGUUCCCGUUCCCCUGCUGUCACUUUUCACUGGUUACGAGUUAGAAACGAUGGUGUGUGGAAGUCCAGAUAUCCCGCUCCACCUGCUGAAGUCAGUGGCCACCUAUAAAGGAGUAGAGCCGACGGCGUCACUCAUCCAGUGGUUCUGGGAAGUGAUGGAGUCCUUCUCCAAUACAGAGAGGUCACUGUUCCUGAGGUUCGUCUGGGGUCGCACACGGCUGCCACGCACCAUCGCCGACUUUCGAGGUCGGGACUUUGUUGUACAGGUGCUGGACAAAUACAUCCCUCCUGACCAUUUCCUGCCAGAGUCCUACACGUGUUUCUUCCUGCUCAAGUUGCCCAGGUACUCGUGCAAACAAGUGCUGGAGGAGAAACUCAAAUACGCCAUUCACUUCUGCAAAUCCAUCGACACGGACGAUUACGCUCGCAUCGCCCUCUCUGGAGAGCCUGCAGCUGAUGACAGCAGUGAGGACUCCGAUAAUGAGGACGCUGACUCGUUUGCCUCAGACUCUACACAGGACUAUCUAACAGGACACUGAGUUUAGUCGGGGAUGUCAACAAGAGAAGCUGUGCUAAUCUAUUUCACACACUUAGACAUUCUGUUGAGAGGAUGUGCAAUGAACUUCAAAAGAAAUAUAAGCUAAUAAAGAAAGUAAAAAACACCAGUCAGCUUUGAUUAAUUUCUUCAAAUGAAGCAGGAGGAUCAGCUGCACAUGUAGUUGUUGUGUUACGUGGGAUUACCAGUACAUACGUAUUAUUGCAUUUACAGCCUGGCACUGUGGUAGGUUUCUCUCUUUACUUUGUGUGAAAUUCCUGUCUUUAGACUGUAUAUAAAAACUGGCGUGUGACAAUAGUAGGAUUUUUUUAUUUUAUUUUUUAGUAAUGAUCAUGUUUCUUUAUAUAAAAAAUGAAGAAAAAUCUUUUAAACUUGAAGUCUGUGUUCGUCACAUGGCUCCCUUCAGUCAGAGGCCAGUGAAGGGGGUGACUAUAGGAUUUGUGUAUGUGCGCCUCCCACCCCCCGAUCAUUGUGCACUAAUUAAUGUAAAUGAUUGUGCCAUGUAUUCACACAAGAUCUAAUUCCU